AUUCGGGCACGUAGCGCGGCUUUUAACUUGUAUCCGACAGAUUCGAAGCAAAUCCCUGCCCUACAGGCGAGGAUCAUAUGUUUGUCCAAUGAUCCCGAGACCAUUUGUGCCUUCAGCCCUCGAGGGAAACACUCGCCGGUCUCUGAUAUCCCUUGUCUUCUCUCCCUUCGAAUUCUUGUAGCUUCGAAUUCUCUUCCUCGUGGGCUGUCGUGAAUAAGUGAAGAUUUGAAGAGUAGUUACGUGGCCAAGGAAUCGCCCCAUCCUGGCCCGGUAGUCUCGCAUCAAGCAUCGGCAUGUCGCGGAAAUAGGGAUAUCUACGCGAUCAACUAUCGCUUCCUUUUGUACCCCGACCAUGUCCCAGUCCUUGCUCUCUCCCGAUAUAUCGAUCAGGGUCAGUUCCACGCUAGACAAAUCUGUGGGCAAGAAACAUCUCGUUGACAACAACCCGGAAACAUGCUGGACAUCUCAACAAGGCCUGCCACAAUAUGUUCAGUUCACGUUCCCACAACCUGUCGUUCCUCAGAUCGUCGAGUUUACAUUCCAAGGCGGAUUUGUUGCCACGCGAUGUGUCAUCAAAGUGGCCGCCGGAUUAGAAGAGUGGAAGAUUGCCGCAAGGAUCUAUCCCGAAGACACAAAUCGGCGUCAGUCAUUCACCGUAAAGGCCCACGAUGGAGCGGAGGAUCCGAUUGUCGGCGGAGUGGACAGAUUGAGACUCGAGUUCGAAGAGAGUUCCGAUUUCUUCGGUCGUAUUACUUUGUACGACUUGAAAGUUCUUGGAAGUCAGAUGGACUGAAAAAAUCUGUGUCGG